AUGCAGAAAGGGAUGAGACUCAAUGAUGGCCAUAUCACCUAUCUAGCUCUUUUGGCGAAGAAGGAUGGGACCAGGCGAGGCUGCCUGAGUAAGAAAAGCUCAGACAACACAAAAUGGCAUUCAAAGUGGUUCGCUUUGUUGCAGAAUAUGCUGUUUUAUUUCGAAAACGACUCCAGCUCACGCCCCUCCGGACUGUACCUGUUGGAGGGCUGUGUUUGUGACAGGGCACCGUCACCAAAGCCAUCUCUCUCAGCAAAGGAAUGCUUAGAGAAGCAGUAUUACUUCACUGUCACUUUCAAUCAUGACAACCAGAAGGCUUUGGAACUGCGCACAGAGGACGUCAAGGACUGUGAUGAGUGGGUGGCUGCCAUCACACAGGCCAGUUAUAGGAACCUGGCUACAGAGCAUGAGACCCUCAUGCAGAAGUAUCUCCAUCUACUCCAAAUAGUGGAGACUGAGAAAACGGUUGCCAAGCAACUUCGACAACAGAUAGAGGAUGGGGAAAUCGAGAUAGAGCGGCUAAAAUCAGAGAUUGCUGGACUGCUCAAGGACAACGAGAAGAUCCAGUCCAAUCCAGAGGUACCUCCCAGUGAUGAUGACACAGAGAUCAAGAAGAUCAAAAAGGUUCAGAGUUUCCUGCGAGGUUGGAUUUGCCGAAGGAAGUGGAAAACCAUCAUCCAGGACUACAUUCGUUCACCUCACGCCGAAAGCAUGAGGAAGAGGAACCAGGUGGUGUUCAGUAUGCUGGAGGCUGAGGCAGAAUAUGUCCAGCAGCUCCACAUCCUGGUAAACAACUUCCUGCGGCCGCUCCGCAUGGCUGCUAGCUCCAAGAAGCCGCCCAUCACCCAUGAUGAUGUCAGCAGCAUCUUCCUUAACAGUGAGACCAUCAUGUUCCUCCAUCAGAUCUUCUACCAGGGCCUGAAGGCCAGAAUAGCCAGCUGGCCAACACUGGUGCUGGCUGACCUGUUUGACAUCUUGCUGCCGAUGCUGAACAUCUACCAGGAAUUUGUGAGGAACCAUCAGUACAGCCUGCAGAUCUUGGCUCACUGCAAACAGAACAGAGACUUCGACAAGCUGCUGAAGCAGUAUGAGGCAAAGCCCGACUGUGAAGAGAGGACACUGGAGACCUUCCUCACUUACCCCAUGUUUCAAAUUCCACGUUACAUACUGACCCUUCAUGAGUUACUGGCUCACACUCCCCAUGAGCACGUGGAGAGAAACAGUUUGGAUUACGCCAAGUCAAAACUUGAGGAACUUUCUAGAAUCAUGCAUGAUGAGGUGAGUGAGACGGAGAACAUCAGGAAGAACCUGGCUAUUGAGCGGAUGAUAGUCGAGGGUUGUGAAGUGCUGCUGGACACCAGCCAGACAUUUGUAAGACAAGGUUCUCUGAUCCAGGUGCCAAUGAGUGAGAAAGGGAAGAUCACAAGAGGCCGAUUGGGCUCUCUGUCUCUGAAGAAGGAAGGCGAGAGACAAUGUUUCCUCUUCUCCAAACAUCUUAUAAUCUGCACCCGAGGCUCUGGGGGAAAACUACACAUCACUAAGAACGGAGUGGUCUCUCUCAUAGACUGCACACUGAUGGAGGAGCCAGAGGGAACAGAUGAUGAGUCCAAAGGGGAGCGGAGUGGCCAGGACACAGAGAACCUGGACUUCAAAGUAAUGGUGGAGCCUAAAGAUGUCCAGCCUUACACCGUCAUCCUGGUGGCUUCGUCUCGACAGGAAAAGUCUGCGUGGACAAGCGACAUCAGCCAGUGCAUUGAUAACAUCCGCUGCAAUGGUCUGAUGAUGAACGCCUUCGAGGAAAACAGUAAAGUCACCGUGCCACAGAUGAUUAAGGCAAUAUUCCCAUCUUCUCUCCCCCUCCAAUGCAGGUCAGACACCAGCUUGUACUGUGAUGAUGUUGACAUCCGCUUCAGUAAGAUGAUGAACUCCUGCAAGGUGCUGCAGAUCCGCUAUGCCAGCGUGGAGCGCCUACUGGAGAGGCUGACCGACUUGCGUUUCCUCUCCAUCGAUUUCCUGAACACCUUCCUUCAUUCCUACCGUGUCUUCACCAGCGCGGCCGUAGUGCUGGACAAGCUCAUCACCAUCUAUAAGAAGCCUAUCAGUGCCAUCCCUGCACGUUCUUUGGAGCUUUUCUUUGCUAGUACCCAGAACAGCAAAUUCCUGUAUGGCGAGCCACCCACGUCGCCACGUGCCAGCCGCAAGUUCUCCUCCCCUCCUCCUCUUUCCAUCACCAAGACGUCCUCGCCCAACCGUCGUCGCAAGCUUUCACUCAACAUCCCCAUCAUCACAGGGGGCAAAGCCCUGGACUUGGCUGCACUCAGCUGUUCCCCUAAUGGCUAUGCAAGCAUGCAUUCCACCAUGUCACCCUUCAGUAAGACCACCCUUGACAUCAACAAGCUCUAUGUGUCCAGCACCAUGGCCAGCAAAAUCUCAGAUGAGGGAGAACCCAAAGCCGAAGGCAAAGCUGAGGAGUCUGUCCUCAACAAGCAAGAUCUGUCGGUUAGAGAGGAAGGUGAUGAAGACCCAAGUCAGAGUGACGAGACAGAAGCAGAAAUGUCUCCUCCCAAGUCACCAUCAACACCCAAGAAUGUCAAGUCAAAAAACUCUGAGUUUUCACUGUUUUCCUUCAACAAUGGCAUGGUGGUGUCAUCUUGCCGGGAGCUGGAUAAUAACCGCAGUGCCCUUUCUGCCGCCUCGGCCUUCGCCAUUGCCACCGCUGGUGCCAAUGAGGGCACACCAACCAAGGAAAAGUACCGUCGUAUGUCGCUUGCCAGCACAGGUUUUCCCACAGACCAGAGGAAUGGGGACAAAGAAUUUGUUAUCAGAAGAGCUGCCACAAACAGAGUCCUGAAUGUGCUGCGUCACUGGGUUUCCAAACACUCCCAGGACUUUGAGCUGAAUACAGACCUGAAAAUGCGGGUAAUUGGCUUCCUGGAGGAGGUGAUGCAUGACCCGGAACUCCUGACACAGGAAAGGAAGGCAGCUGCUAACAUUAUUAGGACUCUGACCCAGGAGGACCCUGGAGACAACCAAGUCACCCUGGAAGAAAUCAUACAGACGGCGAUGGACGAUUGUAAGACCGAACCAUUUGAGAGCCACUCUGCCCUCGAGAUAGCUGAGCAACUCACACUACUGGACCACCUGGUCUUCAAGGUCAUUCCGUACGAGGAGUUCUUUGGUCAAGGCUGGAUGAAGACUGACAAGAAUGAGAGAACUCCAUACAUUAUGAAAACAACCAAGCACUUCAACGAUAUCAGUAACAGGAUCGCCACAGAGAUCCUGCAAUGGGAUGAUGUCAACAUGCGAGUAGGUGUGAUAGAGAAAUGGGUAGCAGUGGCUGACAUCUGCCGGUGUCUCCACAACUACAACGCUGUGCUAGAGAUCACAUCUUCUCUCAAUCGCAGCUCCGUCUUCCGUCUCAAGAAGACAUGGCUCAAAGUCUCUAAACAGACUAAGACGGUGAUUGACAAGUUACAGAAGCUGGUGUCAUCAGAGGGACGAUUUAAAAACCUGAGAGAAGCUCUGAAGAACUGUGACCCUCCCUGCGUACCCUACCUUGGUAUGUACCUGACUGACCUGGCCUUCAUUGAGGAGGGAACACCCAACUACACAGAGGACAACCUGGUCAACUUCUCCAAGAUGAGAAUGAUUUCUCACAUUAUCAGAGAGAUACGGCAGUUUCAGCAAACUGCAUACAAGAUUGAUUAUCAACCAAAGGUGGCAAAGUACUUGCUGGACUGCAGUAACGCACUGGACGAGGAGAGCCUGUAUGAUGCAUCUCUGAGAAUCGAGCCCAAAACUUCAUCAUGA